AUGUUUAGACAUUUUUCAAGAAAAAGCAACAUAGUAAUCAAUAGACGUUUUGUGUCCACAUCAAGACCUCUCUGCAGGCCUCCUCGACACGUAUCUACUCAAUCCAUUACUCCCCAAACGACAAUUACUGUACCCCUUAACAAGAUACCAUCCCCACCACCCCCACCAAAGCAUUGGCGGCCACAAUCUUCGUUCCCUCAUGUCAGAUACACAGGACCUAUCGCUUACGGCAUUGCAUUAACAGCGGGUACAUUCAUCACUGCAGGCGUCAUAUUUGAUAAAAAUCAGCAAACGUUAUGGGAUCGGUUUCGUCAGCAUUCUCGUCAAUGGUCGUUUUUUGGCACUGCUGAUGAAGAGUCCAUCUUGUCUGGUUUAUGGAGAGAGAAAAGAGAUUUGCUCAUCGAAAAAAGGCAACGCUUAUUGGAAGGAUUAGCUCGUAGAUUGGAUAAUAUGAGUUUGCCUCGAGAUGUCAAACAAGCUAUUUGGAUUGUAGGGGAGAAAUUAGCAACCAUGUCAGAAGCAGAAAAGACUUUAGCUGGACUCAUCGCCAUCAACACAGUCGUUUUUGCUUGUUGGCAGAUACCAAGACUUGCGCCAUUCAUGAGCAAGUGGUUUUUGCAUUUACCCGGCAGUCGACAAAACAUCACACUGUUGACAAGUUGCUUUUCCCAUCAAGAGUUCUUUCAUUUUGCGUUGAAUAUGGUGGGUCUAUGGUCCUUUGGAAAAGUUGUACAUGACACGCUGGGAAGAGAGCAAUUCGUAGCCAUGUAUUUGAGUGCUGGUAUCGGUGCGAAUGUCGUCAGUCAUGCUUGUAGUCUGGCAUUGCGUAAUUCAAGACCGUUGCUGCCUAGUCUAGGUGCAAGUGGUGCCAUCUAUGGUUUGGUGGCUUCCACUGCUGUUUUGUAUCCCAAUUCGAGCAUCAGUCUUAUAUUUUUGCCAAUGAUCCCCAUUAAAUUAGGGUAUGCACUCCCUGCUUUAAUGAGUUUUGAUCUAGCUGGUAUCGUAUUCAAAUGGAGAAUGUUUGAUCAUUAUGCACAUUUGGCAGGUGCUGGUUUAGGAUUAGGAUACAUGUAUUACGGAGAAAGACACAUUUGGGAACCAUUGAUUCGUAAGAUCCAUCAUAUCAGAGAGAAUUUUCGAGGUAAUGAGAGAGGCCGAGGUGGAGAAGGAGGCACAUUUAUGUGGACAGAGCCAAGACAACCUGUUGAUACAAUUACAAGCAAGUGGACUGGAUGGUUCAACAAAUAG